AUGGAAGACUUUGCGAAUGAGAGUACCAUCAGUAACUCCAGCGGAGCACCCUUCUCCACCCCAUGCCACCGAGACACCAGAGUUACCCACCUGGUCUUCCCAGUACUCUAUACACUCAUCUUCCUCCUGGGACUUGUACUGAACAGCCUGGCUCUUUGGGCUUUCUUCUAUAUUCCAAGCACAUCAACUUUCAUUGUCUACCUGAAAAACACCUUAGUAUCUGAUUUUAUAAUGACACUGAUGCUUCCUCUGAAAAUCCUGACUGACUCUGGCCUGGGACCAUGGCAACUCAAAGCCUUUGUCUGUCGCUUUUCAGCCGUAAUAUUUUAUGACACCAUGUAUAUUAGCAUAGUGCUCCUUGGUCUCAUUGCUUUUGACAGGUUUCUCAAGAUCGUGAGACCCUUUGGGAAGUUCUGGGUGCAACAUGUGACCUCAGCAAAGAUCCUCGCAGGUCUGGUCUGGCUCUUCUUCCUUGUUCUCUCUCUACCAAACAUGAUCUUAUCAAACAAGAAAGCAACACCGCAGUCCGUAAAGAAGUGUGCCUCGCUGAAGAGCUACUUUGGACUCAAAUGGCAUGAAGCCGUCAAUUACAUCUGUCAGUUCGUCUUCUGGACUGUUCUCAUUCUUAUGUUUCUAUUUUACGUAAUUAUUGCCAAAAAGGUAUAUGAGUCUUACAUGAAAACACAGAAGAAAGAAAACAAAAGGGAAAAAAAGGUCAAGGGGAAAGUAUUCAUCAUUUUUACUGUGUUCUUCUUAUGCUUUGCCCCCUUUCAUUUCAGCAGGGUUCCCUAUACCCUGAGUCAAACGACAACCCGAAUGGAAUGCCGUCUGCAGAACCAGCUCUUUGUCGCUAAAGAAAGCACUCUUUGGCUGGCUGCCACAAACAUCUGCAUGGACCCUUUGAUAUACAUGUUCUUGUGCAAACCAUUUGUAGAGAAGAUAUUAUGCAGGAGAGUAGACACACUUCAGAAAACCAUUCAUACAAACCCCAAAUCCGAACUGGACACACGAACAUCGGCAACUGAACCUUGAUUCUGUAGCUCAUAUUCAUAUGUGGAUAUUUGUAGAGAAGUUAAAAAAUAAUGUUUUACUUCUGCUGUAGAAAAUUAAAGGGCAGUGGUACUGUAAUACUACUACUAAAUAAAAGUGGCACACUGGAUUUCCAUAUUUAUGCUCACUGCUUAGCUUUGAUAGGCGAAAAGCUGUCAUUCACAUUGCCACCUGAGAUCUAACACUGAUCUUCCCCAAGCUCUGCCCUCUCAUUGGGAUCACCGUCACUAAUCAAAGCUGGGGAAGCCCAACUGCAUCUUGGUUGUGCCCGCCCAGCCACAGUUCUGCACUCGCACCACAGAGAUCUGUACCACCUCAGUCAGACACUAAUGCGACUUCACAGCUGUAACCACACGAGUC